AUGAACAUAAUCCUAUUCAUAAUCACCCUAUCCCUAACCCUAAGCAUCGCCCUAACCACACUAAACUUCUGACUCGCCCAAAUAACUCCAGACUCAGAAAAACUAUCCCCAUACGAAUGCGGCUUCGACCCUCUAGGAUCCGCCCGACUGCCCUUCUCAAUCCGAUUCUUCCUAGUAGCAAUCCUAUUCCUCCUAUUCGACCUAGAAAUUGCCCUACUACUUCCCCUCCCAUGAGCAACCCAACUCGAAGACCCCCUCACCACACUAAUCUGAACCUCCACCCUCAUCCUCCUCCUCACCCUGGGACUAGUCUACGAGUGAGCCCAAGGAGGCCUAGAAUGGGCAGAAUA